UUGAAGGUACCCUUGUUUCUUCACCCUCAAUCAAUAACUUGUCCCAGUAUCUCUUUUGCUGCUUUCAACUAAAAAAAAAAACCCUUUAUUUUUUGUUUCCCCCAAAAGUUAUCAUCGUUUAUGGGUGGUGAAACUUCUUUAACUUUAGUUCCAGGACCAACUUCCCCGCCACCGUCGGCGGCGGCGGCGAAGACGGGUGGUUCAGCUACGGCGUUGGCACCUGGGUUUCGUUUCCACCCAACAGAUGAAGAGUUGGUUAGCUAUUACUUGAAAAGAAAGAUUUCCAAUAAGCCUGUCAGGUUCAACGCUAUGGCUGAAGUCGAUAUCUACAAACAUGAACCUUGGGACCUUUCAGACAAGGCGAAGUUGCAAACCAGAGACCAGGAGUGGUAUUUUUUCAGUUUAUUGGACAAAAAGUAUGGGAAUGGGGGGAGAAUGAAUAGGGCUACAAACCAAGGGUACUGGAAGGCUACGGGGAAGGAUCGAGAAGUCCGACACAAUACACACCUUAUUGGAAUGAAAAAGACGCUUGUAUUUCAUAGCGGGAGAGCUCCAGACGGGAUGCGAACCAAUUGGGUCAUGCAUGAGUAUCGGCUUGUUGAAGAAGAAUUGGAAAAAAUUGGGGCAUUACAGGGGUAUGUGCUAUGUAGAGUUUUUCAUAAGAACAAUAUAGGACCACCCAAUGGAAACCGAUAUGCACCUUUUAUUGAGGCGGAAUGGGAUGAUGGUUCAAUUCCUUUGGUUCUGGGAGUAGAUACUGGGGAUGAUGGUGUAGCUGGAAAUGAUGCGAUUGCUGGCAGUGAUGUGGCAACAACUGAAAAUGCAGCAGUUGAAAACAAUGCUGAUCAAAUGAUUGGUUUUGAGCAGGAGACUGAACAUGCCGGUAAGGAUGCUUUGCCUAAUGAUGAGGUCCCGAGAGAGACGCUAAAUGACAAAACAGAUGACUGUCCUCCAUUGCCUCCAUGCAAGGUUGAGAGACCCGAUGAUUGCCCUCCCAUAUGCAUGCUUAAUAGGGAAGCAUCCUUGCCGCUACUCCGGUACAAGAGAAGACGGCAUACUGAUUUGGGUCCCAACCAUGCAAAUGCUUCUGAGAACUCUACUCGAACAACUCAGGAUCGUUGCUCAUCGACAACAACAACAGCAGCGGCAGCAACCACAACGUCGCCAUCAUCUGCGACAACAACGGCGAUUUCUGCGCUCUUGGAAUUUUCUCUAAUGGAAUCUCUAGAAUUGAAAGAGAAUAACCAUCGCGUUCCUCCACCAACAUUUGACAUCGCUAAUCUAGACUCUGUGGUGCCUCCAAGCUGCAUGAAACUUAUCAAUGAAUUGCAGAAAGAGAUCCGCAAGAUCUCUGUUGAGAGGGAGACAUUGAAGCUUGAAAUGAUGAGUGCUCAAACUAUGAUCAACAUUCUCCAUUCAAGAAUAGAUUUCCUUAGCAAGGAGAACGAGGAGCUAAAGAGGAGCAACUGAGACGGGUAGCACGCGAAGCCUUGGUACUCGCAUUUUUAUGCAUUGAAUAAGAGUACACCAGCGCAGUUGUAAAAUUGGUAUGAACAUUAGCAUUUGGUUCUGUUUGUUGUUGAACAAUGUUGUAGCUUUCUUGCAUUUUUUAAGCCCUAGUUGCAUUUUAAAUCUAACCAAAUAAACAUGGGUUCACCUCCCAUGGUUGUGGCCGUCCGUUUGCCCCAAGUCUCUGUUAUGACCUUUGCUUUUCGAUGGACUCCGUUUGCUGUUAUCUUUGGUUGGUGAAGUUCCCUUGCUCUUAUGGAGUUAAGUUGCUGGCACCUCUCUGGGGUUUCAUCGUACCUGAAGAUUUAGCAUCUGGUGGCUGUUGUAGCCGAUGUUCGGCUUCGGCUACACCUCUAUCGGUGGUCUACCAAAUGCCAAGGCAACUUUGGGAUUGAUUUUUUGGGGCUUCAUGGUGACAUGGCCUUUACCAGAGGCGUGCAACAGCCUCUCUUAUUGUUUCCCGGUGCUCUCUCCCUCCUCUAGCUUAUGGGGUAGUGGGUUUGGUUGGACGUUGCUUGUUGUACCUUACUGGGAAUCGGACCUUUUUGCUGUAAAUUUCAUCUCAUUUGAACCAAAAAAAAAGAAAAAAAAGAAGGUUCUCAAGUUCAUUCUA